CAUUUAGAGUAGUUGGCUGUCAGGAAACAGACUGAGCUGAACAUCAACAGUCAGCGUGUACGAUUUAUUGUUCCAUGAUAGGACGAAGCACAAAAGCAAUCAUUCAGUCAACAAUGUGAGCACAGUAAAUGUUCAGUGAAAACAGACAGAGCUGCAGCAGACAGGAGACAUGGUGGACACACCUUUACCUGAUUACAGUCGACCAGUGUCAACGGACGAAUCAUUUUAUUCGAGGACUUUGUCCCUGAAGAUCUCUGCACACUGAGAGGAGCUGACUCGUUCACGCACACGACAGAACAUCACUCACAACUCCAGCAUGCCUUCAAUGAAACAUGAUCCUGUGACAAGUGCUGCGUACUUAGCACGUGAUAUUCCAGCCAAAUUGGUUCAAACCAUUUUAACCUCUGACUGUGCUUCCAUGGCUGUGGUUCGUCGCGUCAUUGGACUGGGCGUUGGUGGUUUGAUAGCCGCUGUCGUCUGGUAUAAAUGGAGACGUGCCAAAGCUGAUUUGCAGAGGAAAAUUACAUCUCUUCAAAAUGAAUUAAGGAUGAAGACUGAAGAACAGGAGAACAUUGCACAGAACUCCGGCAUGCCUUCAAUGAAACAUGAUCCUGUGACAAGUGCCGCGUACUUAGCAGAUGAUAUUCCAGCUAAAAUGGGUCAAAGCAUUUCAACCUCUGACUGUGCUCUCACGGCUGCAAUUUGUGGUGUGGUUGGACGGGGUUUUGAUGUGAUAACAGUUGUCGUCUGGUAUAAAUGUAGAUGUGCUGCGACCUCAGCAGAUGAUAUUCCAGCUAAAAUGCGUCAAAACAUUUUUACUUCUGACUGUGUUCCCAUGGCUGUGGUUUGUGGCGUCACUGGACUGGGUGUUGGUGGUUUGACAGCCGCUGUCAUCUGGUAUAAAUGGAGACGGGCCAAAGCUGAUUUACGGAGGAAAACAUCACAUGAAAGUGAGACACAAAGGAUGAAGAUAGAAGAACAGAAGAACAGUGCACAGGUGGUUUCCAGCCUACAGGGACUGAUAAGGGACCUGGAGGCAAAGAGAGAUCAAGUCAAAGAAGAACAGAAGAACAUUGCACAGGUGGUUUCCAGCCUACAGGAACAAAUAAGGGACCUGGAGGCAAAGAGAGAUCAAGUCAAAGAAGAACAGAAGAACAGUGUACAGGUGGUUUCCAGCCUACAGGAACAAAUAAGGGACCUGGAGGCACAGAGAGAUCAAGCCAAAGAAGAACAGGAGAACAUUGCACAGGUGAUGUCCAGCCUACAGGGACUGGUAAGGGACCUGGAGGCACAGAAACAUCAAGUCAAAGAAGAACUGAAGAGAGUUGAGGCAGAGAGGGAAGAGAACAAAAGGCAGCUUCAGUCAGUGGAGGCAGAAAUAACAGAGAGAGAAAAACUAUUUGACAAACCAGAGGGAUUAUUGAGAGAAAAAGAAAAGCUACUGCAGGAUCAGUGGAAACUGGAUGAGACAAAGAGGAACUUGGAGAGACAGAUACUGAACAUAGAGAAAGUGCUGGAGCCAGUGGAGAUACAGGUCAGUAGAAUGAACAGAAAGAGAGAUGUCUAGGUAUCGACAGAUUAGCCAAACAGAAGUCAAAUUACUGUAGAAAUCACCAAAAGUACAGAUACAGCUCACAAACAUUUUAUUGGUGCACCAGGAACCAGCAAGAAAAUGAAAUGUCAAACUCCAGAUGAAUAUAUUCAUGCCUGCUGGUAUGGUUGAAAAAUUAGAUGUAAAGUGAAAUUUUACGAAAAAAGGAAAGGUGUGAAAUUGGGAUUUAUUAUCAUUAGGCAACACAUUCUCAUUCCCAACUUCUCAGAUAUUGCUGUUUGGUCAGUGGACUAUGAUGAGCUAGGUAUCCUGGGUGUGUCUGUUGUUGAAGUGUCAGUGUGUCAAUUUACGCCUUGUUACAUGCAUUGUGUCUU